AUGGGCUCGUCCCUCGAUGCCCUCAAUGCGCCGUCCAGCUUGACAAACCGAAGGCCGGCAGCAGCCACGUUGCCCGCCUUUGAGCUACCUGCCCCUCCGGCCUUUCCUACCUUACAUGGAAACAAGUAUCCGGCGCUGUCAAGCACGCUCCAUUUACCGACCACGGCCGCUGUCAGUGUGGGAAACCUACUGACACCGCCCUCCAAUUCUACCUCCGACAGCAGUACAACAUCUUCAGCCAUUCACACUGGUACAACGCCCAAUACUGGCGCGCCCGUUCUACCCUACACGCCCACCUUCUUCAACCCAGCAAAUACACCAGGUUUCCAUACUGGUCUGACUCCUCAGUGGCAAUCCAACCAGUUCUCAGGUUCGCGCUCAAUGUUCUCACCGCCAACUCAACCCCUGUAUCGCCCAAAUACGGGUUCGCCUACAGCUGCUGAAGCCAGUUCACUACCACCACCACCGUAUGAGAUUGCUCCAGGUUCUGCAUAUGGAAUGCCCAUGGGAAUGACUUCAUCUCAUAACGCUAGCCUCUCAUCCCAUCACAUGCUGUCAAAUUCGAUGGUGCCAGUGCGUCCACCUAGCCAGCCGGCACACACGCUUGCCGAAGUGAUGAACAGCAAGCCUGCCUCGGCACCGUCACUAUAUACCAAUGUGUCCCCGGCUCAUGCACCCCAGUCAGCAUACUCAUAUUCUGGCUCAACCCCUGUGUCACAGAGCCCGCAUGCAGCCAACGGCCCAGCUGCGCGUCAGUCUCCUCCUAUGAACCAGCCCAAUCUAUCUUCGAACAACUUCAUUCGUCCCCCAUAUCCAUCAUAUUCCCUACCAGCCAUGCCUGGUCCAACAAUGAGCAACCUCCACAGCCCCGGGUCACAGAUGUCCAUGGUUGGCCACCAGGCCGGCCUUCUUCCUUUACAUUUUAACAGUGGCUACGCCGCGAAUCCGCAUCAGAGCAUUUAUGGCCAAGCACGGACCCAGUCCCCUGCACAAGCUGCACAGAAUGACCGACCAUUCCGAUGCGACAGCUGCCCGCAAUCUUUCCAUCGCAAUCACGACCUGAAAAGACACAAGCGCAUACAUCUAGCAGUAAAACCAUUUCCCUGCCCAUACUGCGAUAAGAGUUUCUCCCGAAAGGACGCUCUCAAGAGGCAUAAGCUUGUCAAAGGUUGUGGCAGCAAAGCAGAUGCCACUGCCAGAGAGGAUGGGGGAAAGUCCGAUUCAGGCGGCAGCGACACCAUGGACGACGGUCCCGGAGCUAUGGCACAAUGA